AUGAAAGUAUUUAAAACAUCUUUUAAUUUUUCUAAAUUAAAUAAACACAAACAUUAAAAAGUAGAAAUAUACUAUACAGAUUCUCAUAACAUAUAUUUUAAUUUAGCACUUGAGCAAAGUUUAUAUGAAAAUAAUUUAGUUUACCCACGUUUGAUGUUAUGGAAAAACGAUUAAAGUAUAAUAAUUGGUAAGUACCAAAAUUAAUGGAAAGAAUGUAACAUGUUUAAUCUCAUAAAUGAAAAUGUUCCCUUUAUUAGAAGAAAAACAGGCGGAGGUACUGUAUAUCAUGAUUUAGGAAAUAUUUGUUUUACCUUUAUUACGCCCAUAUUUGAUAAAGAUAUAUAUUCAUUAGACCCGAGAUAAGAUAAUGUAUAAAUAUUGCAAUCAGCAAUGAAUAUUUUAGGGAUAAGUACUGGUUUAACGAAAAGAAAAGAUUUAACAUUUAAAGAAAAAAAAAUAUCAGGCUCAGCUUAUUAAGCAAACAUGGGAAAUAAAUAAGGUGAUAAUAAAAAGUGUUUACACCAUGGAACACUUUUGUUAAAUGCUGAUAUUAAAAAAUUAUGGAAAUAUAUAAACACAGAAACUAAAAAUAUAAAUUGUAAAGGAUAAGAAAGUGUAAUAUCUUAAGUUUGUAAUUUAAGAGAUUUUUUUUAAGAUUUAUCUGAUGAAAAGGUUUUUGAAGCUAUAAGUGAUGCUUUUAUUAAUUUUUAUUAAGUUUAAAAUUUCGAAGUUUUAAAAUCAAAGAAUGUGAACAUAAAAUGA